AUGUCCCAUAGUUCCCAACAAAAAAGAGCUGGCAAGAAAGCUAGUCACUGGGAUAUCAAAAAAGCAUUGAUUUCGAGGAAGGUGUAUUCGGGGUCGACCACAAUUUCCCCAGUAAGAGAUAGAAUCUCACUAAUUGGAAGGAAAAUGAGGACUUUGAUCCAUUGUGAUUCGCUUCUUUGGUGUGGAGAGAUCUCCACCAAAAAAGAGAUAGCUUAUAGGCUGGGGAACAGCCACUGCCGGGCACGGGCGCCAGACAUUGGUGAGUAUGAGCGCCGGACGCUCUUGGAACAAGAGGUGACACCAACUCAAUGGGCCAGUUGGGCACAAAGUGGUGCUAAGCUGGGCGAUGCCUUGCAGGUGCAGAGGCUGCACCAAGCUACUGCCAGAGUGAUAGGCACUGUAGGCACGGGAGCCGAGGAUGUGGGCGAAGCCCUUGGAACAAGAACCGGCACCAAUGUACCAUUUAGAGGCGUUGGUCCAAGCACUGUCACUGCUGGUGCUGAGGUGUUAGGCGAUGCCAUGGUGGUUUGGGCAAUGCCAUGGUGGUUUGGGCAAUGCCAGGUGGGCACUAGCCAUGGCCUGGGUGAAGCCAGGCGACGGCGAGGAGGCAGGGCUCAAGGCAUGUUACACCCUUGUGUAGCUAGCCUAGGGACGCUAGCUUGGGCGACGCCUUCGUGCAGGGAUCAGCGGGCGACACCUUCGGUAAGGGAGCAGCAGGGUGCAGACGCUAGGCACAAGCACUAG